AUGCAAGCGGUUCGAAGUUUAUAUUGCCCGAUAACGAUUCAAUGAUUAGAUAUGAAAAGGCCGUUCUAAGAAAGAUACAAACAUUACACAAGCUCGGAAAUUGGUCAUUGAGAAUAAAAUCAAAGGCGUAAACAAUGGUCAUCGGACUAACUUUAACGUGCCUAAUAUUAAGUGGCAUUUCAAAAGCGAGUGCCGUUCAAAUAUGCUGCAGCCCCAAUUCAAAACUUCUCAAAUACCGCGAAUCGAAUAGCUCGGAAAUAUUCCAGUGUGCUUCCGCUGAAAGCAACCUCAAAGAAUUUCCGGAUACAACUCAAGUGAUAGGCGAAGUGAUAGCCCCAAAGGGCCUCGGUUUAGAGUUACCAAAUGACUCAAACAAGUUACCAAAGUGCAAAAGCUACACGAACCAAAAUACAAGCGAACUAAGUGAAAGUACUUUGUAUUUGGGAAAUAACUCAUGCGUUGCGCUGUUAAACAACAAACGUCUCGUUAGUCUAACUUGUGAAUUCGAAAAGAAUGUGCCGUCUCAAAGUGUUGAAUUUGUAAACAAGUGCUGCCCACAGGGAUUUAUUUACGUUUCCGAAAAUAAUACGUGCAUACUUGGCGAAAACGAUUUCUUUGUUUAUUCUUCUAUCAUCAGCAGUCCAAUUAUAUUUCUUGAUAGCACCCUGCACUGCUCCGACAACAAAGUUUUGGUGGAAUAUAUUGUGUCUUCGGCAAUAGUGCAAUUCAAUAACAACUCGUUGGUUUGGAGAGAUGGAUCAAACAGUUUGCCGGCAUCAAAGUUUUGCAUCGAAGCUCUUUACGACUUCGAUGCUCCAGCAACUAGAAAAGUAUCGGAUCAAAAAUAUCUGGUUCGGGGAUGUCAGGAACCAAAAAUUUGCCAAAGAUUGCCGUGUAUUAGACGAUGCUGUGCCGAAGGUGAAAUGUAUGCCAAAGGGAAUUUCAGUACCUACUGUAAACAUGAUGGGACUGAUAUGAAAUUCGAGGGUUUUCAGAACCUGAACAUAAACGCAAACUUCUCAAAGCCUUCAGAUUUCGGCAUUGUUCACGGCUUACAGUGCCAAAAAUUUCGAUUGGAUCCAGAUAAUUUUCCAGAUGAUGCGCAUACAAUCAGUUCUGCCAAUGCCUCCCUUAUAAUUCAAAACACUUUGAAAAUGUAUACAAAUACUCAAUAUUGUUUGGAAAGGGUCAGACCCAAUCAAAAGCUUUACACAUUUCUAUGUUUUGAUACAAAGGUAGUGGGCAGUGAUCGAAUUCGAUUUAAAAUGUACCCCAUUGGACUUCUCAUAUCUUGUUGCUUUUAUGCACUAACUUUAAUUGUUUACAUAUCAAUUGCAAAAUUACGAAACCUUCCUGGAAAAAUCCUAAUUUGUCUUGUAAGCAGUUUGUUUUCGGCAUAUCUUGGCAUAGCUUUGGGUCAAUUGAAGCCCACUUCCAAUGACGACAUCUGUUUCUUUUCUGGCUUUUUCGUUUAUUUUUGUUUAAUGGCUGCAUUUUCGUGGAUGAAUAUUACCUCAUUUGACAUAUGGAAAACAUUCGGUUCAACCAAAAUUAAAAGUUGCGAAAAAAGUGACCUGAGAAGACAAUUUAUUUGGUACUCUUGUUACGGUUGGGGACUACCCACUUUGCUAACCACAAUUACAAUAGCAUUUACUAAAUCGGACAUAUUACCGGACGUAGUUCGACCAAAUUUUGGACACGGUCGUUGCUGGUUUACAUAUGAUUCUUUUGGAUCAGCUAGCCUACUAUUUUUCUCAGGCCCAGUUGGAAUUCUUUUUAUAUUCAACUUGGUGUUGUUCGUGCUUACGAUGAAAUAUUGUAACAAAGUGAAAAAUGAGAUUUACAAGAUGCAAAGUUUAAACAGUGAUAAGCCAGUACUGAAAAGACGGUUUUUUCAAGACAAAACCAGAUUUGUUAUGAAUACAAAAUUAUGCUUUGUAAUGGGCAUCACAUGGCUUUUGGAAAUUGUAAGCAUUUUGUUUUACGACCAUAAAAAAACGUUUUUCUGGACCAUCAGCGAUUCGUUCAAUGUGCUCCUUGGAAUAUUUGUUUUUAUCAUAUUUGUUUUCAAACGGAGAAUUUAUAAUGAAAUUUUGUUUAAGUUUGGCUUGCAGUCAAGCCCCAGCACGAUAUCGACCAGAAAUCGCGUUGGCUUGACGAAAUCAUAUGCCCCAACUAGCACAGCAAUGACAACGCUGAGAUCUUCUCCAGGAAGUUGUGAACAAAUUCGAAAAAACUCAACAAAGCCCGAAAGUGAAAUUAUGCUUUAGAUUGUUAAAUAACUUAUUAUUAACUAUUUAUAAUUUGUACAACCUUAUUGUAACUAGUCCCUCAAAUUAAACAUUAACAAUAUCUGUAUAAUUUAGCUGUGAACCGAAAUAUUAAGUUAAUAAGUAAUGAAAAUUAAUCAAAACAGUGGCAAAUAUACGAUUUCAACAAAAUACUUUUUUCUUAAAAAAAU